UAAAGACGGCCACGCGAAUUGGCCAGGUUCUCAUUGAAAGCGUUAGGUUCAGGCGAUUGCUAUUACCCAACGGUUCAGAAAUCAAUGUGCCACAACAUCAUCACAUAUUAAUCUUCAUUUACGCAACAAAUAAAACAGUAUUUAAAUUCAAUUCAAUCGGUUUGAGAUUUGCUCAAAUGCUCAAAAUGUCAGUAUUUGUAGAGUCAGCUGCCUGCGUGGCUGUACUUCAGUUGUUCCUGAUCCACUUCGCCGUCAGCAAGCAGUACGACUGGUGUGAUCCCGAUCUAUGUGGUGGUGGGAGCGUCAAACACAUCGCCUGCCGCAACAAUGGUAAUUUCGCUAGACGCUGCCAGCCCGACGCCUACGAAGUGGAUAUUUCGCGCCAUAAGAAUUACUUUGUACAUGGCCACAAUAAGCGGCGAAACUUUAUAGCGCUGGGCAAACUACCUGGUUAUUAUCCCGCAGCACGCAUGACCACAAUGGUCUGGGACGAUGAGCUGCAAUAUUUAUCGUCACUGAAUGUGCGCACUUGUAUAUUGGAUCAUGAUGAUUGUCAUAAUACGUACAGAUUUGCCAAUUCGGGUCAGAAUCUAUGCGCUAUUUGGCGUGAUCGCAAUCCAAACACAAAUGUAACCAGCCUCAUUGAAGAGUCGUUGGGACUCUGGUUCAACGAGUAUCCCCUUAUCGACAGUAGUUACAUCAACAGAUUUCGUGUCACGAAAUACUUUGAGGACUAUGGUCACUUUGCUGAAAUGACUGUGGAUCGUAAUUCACGCAUUGGCUGUUCUAUAUUGCGUUUCACACGGCCUGACUACCCCUAUGUGUACAUCUACAAUGUAGUCUGUAAUUAUGCGUCCAUCUACGCGUUGGAUGCACCCGUGUAUAUAGUUGGAAGACCAACAUCACAGUGUCAAACGGGAAGGAAUCCAUCAUAUCCAGGUCUGUGCUCAACGCGCGAGAACUACGAUCCCAAUUACUGAUCAAUCAGUGAUUAUAGUUUGUAGAAUUUUGUUAUGAUUGGGUAUAGAAAUAUACCGGAACUUAGAAAACACUGUCUGUAUUGUAUUUUACAUAGGAUUAUAGCUAAUUGUAGUAAAUCUCACUUUUGUUGUUUAUCAAUAAAUAAUACAUCCCAAUAUUAA